AUGAGUUUGUUGAAUAACUUUAGCUUCAAUUGUUUUCGUCAUCCUACAAAGAAAGUUUAGACUAUUUGUACUGAACCCUUUUGCAAUUAUUAUAGAUUCUUUUGUAUAUAGUGCUUUUUAGAUAAUUCGUCUCACUUAUGCGCUCAUAAGCAGACUAUUCAUGAGAUAAAUGAUGUUUUAGAAUCUCACUAGAAUUCUUAGUUCAAUAAUGCUGCGGUUAGUGAAUUGUAAUAGGGAUUAAUGAGAGUCAAGAUGCAGAUGAAAGAAUAUGAAAAUAUCAUUAAAUCUAAGCAUGCUUCUUACAUUAAAGUGAUAGAUGCUGUAGAGCAAUCUUUUUAGUAGGCUAAGAACGCUAUAGUGAAUGAAAUUGAGGACUAUUUGACUAAUUUAGUUGCUAAGUAGUAGGCUCAUUUCUAGUAUUUGGAAAAUAAAAUGAAAUUACAUGUCAAAGAAGCAUCGUUAAGCGAUUUAGCUUCUCUUAAUCGCCAGAAUGAAAAUGAAGUUACAAACUUCUUUGAAAACAUUAUUAAAAGUCCUUUGGCUAAUACAAAAGAGUUUUAAAACGAAGUUAACUUCUACGUCCAAUCUUUUCGUCGUAAUAUUCACGAAUUGGACAAUUUAAGCAAUACAAAGAUGGUUACGUUUUUCACAGAAGAACUAAAUAGCAUUUUCAAAAAUAAAUUUAAUGAGUUAAAAUAGCUUCUUGUGAUGUCUGCUGAAGAUCUUCCUCUUCCUAAUACAAGCAGAUUUCAUUUAUCUAAAAUAAAUAACCAAUUAGGGCUCAAUGGAAUGAAUGGCUCUUCAAGCAGCGAAUUUAAAUUCAAAUAUUAUCGCACUCCUUCCAGCACAAGCGAUAUUCCAUCUUUGGCCAUGUAUAACAACACCACAAAUAGCAUGAAUUAAAAUGGAUUUAGUUUAGCCAGUGCCAACAAUUAAAAAGUAAUCCAAAAGAGCUCUUCAAAUGGCUUGAUUGGAGUACAAAAGAAUGCAUUAUACAAUGGAUAUUAGAGUGAAGAUUAAAAUUACAAUGCUAUUGAAAUAGAAACUAAUUAAAUUCUUGAUAGCAGCAGCUAUUCUACUAUUUUACCUAAAAAUUAAAUUGAAAAAAACCCACUUCAUACAGCUGGUAUUUGUACUAUGAUAGUCUUCCAAGAAAAUUCCACCAAAAAAAUCAUCGUAACAGGUUCUUUGGAUUAUACAAUAAAAUUCUGGUAGCUUGAAAGCUCCAGCUUCGACUUUAUAAAAACAAUAAGAGGUCACACAUCUCCCAUUUAUGCACUUUAAAAAAUAGAAAAAGAAAACAAUAUUUUCCUUGCAUCUGGAUCAGCUGAUGGUGAAAUUAGAAUUUGGAAUCCAAUCCUUCAAGGUAAAGAGUUGCUAGCCACUUUUAACGAUCAUUAAGACGCUGUAAUGUCUAUCAUAUACAAUGACGAUUUCCUGAUAUCAGGAUCUGCUGAUAAAACUGUAAAAGUGUGGAAUUUAGAUGAGCUGUUCUGUACUCAAACUCUUAAUUAAGAUCAGCCAGCUACAAGCUUGUGCACAUUUUAAAACGAAUCACUUAGAUGUUUAGUUAGUGCCUGCGGAGAUGGAUUUAGAAUUUGGAAUCAGAAGAAACCUGGAGAUUAUAAACUCAAAUCUUAUAAUAAUAAAGCUCAUAAAAAGGGUAUUUCGAUAAUAGCUGCAAUAGGUUCUUCAAAUGUUGAUAUUGCUACUGCUGGAAAAGAUGGACUUAUUAAGCUUUGGAACAUAGAAAAAGGAAUGUGUGUAAAUUAACUAUAAGGACAUACAAAAGCAGUUUAUCAAUUAUAUUUCUCUCACUUGAAUAAUAACCUCUACUCUUGCAGUGCUGACGAGUCUAUCAAAGUUUGGGAUCUCGAGAAGCAAACCAGUAAUUAUGAAAACGGAAACAAAUUCACUUCCGUUUGCCCUAAACUAGGUGAAUUUAUUGUUUUUGACUAACAUAAUUUCAUUCUCACAGCCUCUAAUGAUCUAAACAUAAUAAAAAUCAUAACAAUGUCUCAAUGA